AAUGAUGCAUGUAUCGCGAUAGCAAAGGGCGAAACACGAGAAAUAAGAUGAAAGUAUAACACAUGAAUGGCGGCGAAACUAUAUGGGAACGGGUUAUGGAAAACCAAACAAGAAUAUUAUAAAUUGACAAGCACGUUCCAUGCAAAUGCUGCAUUCAUCAUGCAAACAUGGCUCUCAAUAUCAUCCCCAGCUUCAACAAAAUCGCCCUCUUCUUUUACAUUUUUCUCAAAUAUCUGAAAAACCCUAACACCAAGAAUCUCCACAGCGAUGCGACGACCUCAACGACACAACCCGAGUUUCAAGAAUUCCGGUUUCUCGGCCAGAAACCAGACCUCGAAAACCGGGUUGUGAUCUUCGACGUCGAAAAAGCCCUACUCAAAUCUUCCUCACUUUUCCCUUACUUCAUGCUUGUAGCUUUUGAAGCUGGCAGCCCAAUAAGGUCACUCAUUCUCCUCCUUCUCUAUCCUUUGAUUAGGGUUUUGGCUGAAGGUUUCGCCUUCAAGGCCAUGGUGAUGAUCUGCUUUCUGGGGUUAAAGAGCGAGAGAUUUAAAGAAGGGAAAUCCGUCCUCCCUAAGUUCUUCCUAGAAGACGUCGGGAUGGAAAGCUUUCUUGCCAUACGAAGAGCGAAGACAACGGUUGCAGUGAGCAGUUUGCCUCAAAUCAUGGUGGAAAGCUUCUUGAUAGAUUAUCUAGACGUAGACUUCGUUGUUGGAAGAGAUCUCAAACUCUUCCAUGGCUAUUUCUUGGGAUUUAUGGAACAAAGAAGAGAGCCUUCUUUAGAUGGUGUAAUCACUUCCAGCGCCAUUGGAUUUUGUAGCUCGAAGCUGCAGCCUUUCCCAAAUCGACUCUUUUCGAGUUGCAAGGAGAUUUACUUAGUGAGCGAUGAAGAAAGGAGAAAUUGGCAUCAACUUGCAAGAGAUUCAUACCCUAAACCGCUCAUCCUUCACGACGGGAGGUUGGCUUUCCGGCCAACAUUCGCGGCCGCGGCCGCCAUGUUCGCGUGGCUCCCGUUUGGAUUCGCCCUCGCCGUUGCCAGAGCAAUCGUCUUCUUCGCAGCUCCGCCGAAAAUCGCGCUCUGGCUCCUGCACUUGCUCGGAAUGCAGCUUAGGGUUUCCAAGUCAAAGGCCUUCUCCAAUUCGGUCGUGAACAGAAAGCUCCUUGGCAAGGGCAUAUUAUACGUCUGCAAUCACCGGACGCUAUUUGACCCGGUCUUCAUUUACUACAGCCUCGAGACGCCGUUGACCGCGGUCACCUACGGGCUGAGUAGGGUCUCGGAGACCGUGUCGGUAAUCGACACCGUCCGCCUGACGAGGAACCGGGCCCGGGACGCCGAGCUGAUGCGUCGGGUGCUGGGCCGGGGCGGGGAUCUCGUGGUGUGCCCCGAGGGGACCACGUGCAGGGAGGCGUAUCUGCUGAGAUUUAGCCCUUUGUUUGCGGAGAUAAGCGACGAGAUAUUCCCCGUGGCCGUGGACUGCCGCGUGGGCAUGUUCUACGGGACGACAGCUGGCGGGUCCAAGUGGAUGGAUCCGUUGUUCUUCCUUAUGAAUCCGCGGGUGAGCUAUGCGGUUCGGUUUCUAGAUGUGGUGCGUGGAGCCAAUGAUGGUGGUGAUGGAGAGUCGAGAUUCGUGGUGGCAAAUUUGGUGCAAAAUCAGAUAGCGAAGGCGUUAGGCUUUACGUGCACAAAGGUUACAAGGAAAGAUAAGUACUUGAUUUUGGCAGGAAAUGAUGGCAACUAUUAAUGAUUUGUAGACAUAUAUAAUUAGUAACGUGAAAUACAUAUAACUUCUUUAAUUGAAUUUAUUAUAGUACAAGUUUAAGUAUGUAUUGAAUGUUGUUCUUGUUGUGCAGUUUAUUUUAUAUAUAUUAAGGAAAUUAUAAUGUUUUUAGAUUAA